AUGGCACCCCGAGCCUUCCUCGCAGCCUACAAGGUCUUCUGGGGCAACGCCAACGCAGGCGGGACCACUGCCACGUAUGCUGACGUGGAGGCAGCAGUCAACGCAGCCGUCGCUGACGGGGUUGACGUCAUCUCGCUCUCUCUGGGCGGCGCAGACCCCAGUGCCACGUAUUUCACGGAUCUGCCGUAUUUAUAUGCGAAUCUGGCCGGCACGGUGGUGGUUUAUGCGGCGGGGAACUCUGGUCCGCCUCCUCUCACCUCAUCCAUGUAUCGUAGCAUCUCCAACUUCUCGCCGUUCUACCUCACUGUUGGCGCCAGGUGGGUUACAGGUGGUUUUUCUGUUGGUGCCAGCACCAUCGCUCGCAGCUACGUCUCUUCAGCCACGCUGGGCGACGGGCGGGUGGUGAAGCUGUACGGGUUUGGCUCGGGGAACGUGGGAGUGCAGAGGCUGGGGUUGGUGGAUGGGAUUGCAGUGCGGGCAGCUGGGAAGACAGAUACUGAGGGCCAGUACUGCUUCGCAGGCGCACUGAACGCAACAAAGAUUGCAGGGAAAAUUGUGCUGUGCUCGUAUGGCUGGACCAGCACAGGCAGCAAGGCAGCAGAGGUUGCUAGCAAGGGCGGCAAGGCGGUGAUUGUGGUGGAUGCGCCUUUAGCGGCCAGACCGUACCCCAUUUAUGAGGCUCGGCUGCCUGUCAUGGGAGCAGAGGAAAGCGAGACGGGUGUUCUGCGCAUGUACACCCGCAUUAUGGUCAGUUCUCCUCACCUACCCAUUCCCAAGGUUCCCCCGCUGUCCCUCUCCUCCCCCUUUCCAGCAGCCUGA